AGUGUUAAAAAAAAAUCCUAAACACAUCAGCAGCAUGUUGAAAAAAGUGUACCCAAGAUCCUGUUGAUCCUGUUAAAACCAGUUUCUCUAGAUUCUGCAGGGUGCUCCGUAGACCGCACACCGUGAUGCUCAGAGACCCAGCUGGACACGUACAGUACCUCCUCAGAUCCUCUGUAGUAAAUCACAAUGGCUCUCAGUGUACCAGGUUUAGUAAUGAUGGUGCUGUUCUACCUGCUCGUGUUGGGAGUGGGUUUAUGGGCAUCUGCAAAAUCAAGGAAGAUGGCUAAAAACUCUCAGAGUGGACAAGUGGAGAUUUCUUUCUUGGCUGAUCGGAGUGUGGGCUUAGCCUUGGGAGUCUUCACGAUGACCGCUACAUGGGUCGGAGGAGCCUUAAUCAUGGGAGUGGCAGAGACAGUCUAUGACCCUACUAAAGGACUGUUAUGGGCCCUGAUCCCUGUGCAAAUGUCCGUGUCAUUUAUCAUUGGUGGACUGUUCUUUGCCGGGCCGAUGCGCGAGCAAAACUACGUCACGAUGAUGGACCCAUUCAAGAGGAAGUAUGGUGAAAAGAUGACGGGCUUUCUCUCCAUCAUUCCCUUCAUAAGUGAACUGUUGUGGGUUCCUUCUGCUCUUAUUUCUCUGGGGUUUACAGUCCGGAUCUUCUCCGACCUUCCUUUUAGUGCUUGUAUCUGGAUCUCGGCUGCAGUGGCGAUCUUUUAUACCGUUCUUGGAGGGCUCUAUUCAGUCGCUUUCACUGACGUUGUCCAGCUACUGUUUUGUAGCUUGUGGCUGUGUACUCCUUUUGUUAUGGUGAGCGACCUUCACGCUGACAUCUCUCAAACGGCCUUCAACCACACGAGCCGGGCACCGUGGAUUGGCAAACUUGAGUAUCAUGACAUAUGGAUCUGGAUUGAUAAUUUCCUUGUAAUGAGUGUUGGAAAUUUGGCGUUCCAGGAUUUCCACCAAAGGACUCUCUCCUCCAGCUCCACCUCUACAGCUAAAAUCAUCUGCUUCAUAGCUGCAGGUCUUGUCCUCAUUCUGGGAAUUCCUCCUGUGCUGAUUGGAGCCGUUGCAGCUUCUACAGACUGGAAUUCGACCUCCUAUGGACUUCUUUCUCCUUAUGAACGAGGAGAGGCAGCGAUGGUGUUCCCGCUCGUCCUUCUGCAUCAGACCCCAACUGCUGUGUUUGUAAUUGGUAUGGGGGCUAUCGCCGGGGCUGCAAUGUCAUCUACAGACUCCUUUUUGUUGGCUGCAUCCUCCAUCUUCACCACAAACAUCUACAAGCUCAUAAGACAUCAGGCGUCAGAUCGAGAGCUGCAGUGGGUGAUCCGCUCCUCCAUCGUGAUUAUAGGGAUUGUAGGGACUUCUUUCACCUUCCUGGACACCAGCAUCCUGGUCUUCUGGAUCCUCAGCUCAGACUUGAGUUACACCAUCAUGCUCCCCCAACUCAUCUGCAUCCUCUUCAUCAGAGUCUCCAACCCUUACGGAGCAAUUACCGGCUACAUCAUUGCUUUUGUUAUGAGAGUUUUGUGCGGCGAGCCCGUCUUUAAUCUCCCUGUUAUCCUACAUUUCCCAGGAUGCACUUUGGUGGACGGUGUUUACGUUCAGCGCUCACCUUUCAAGACCAUCUGCAUGCUGACCUCUCUGGUCUCCAUUGUGGGGUUUUCAUAUGUGGCUUCGAUCCUGUUUCAGAAGGAGAUCCUUCCUGAGAGGUGGGAUGUGUUCAAGGUGAAAUCACAGGGAGAACUCACACCGGCAGAGGGCGCCAGAGAGCGUGAGGGUGAGAAGGAUGAUGUUAAAAAUGAGGAUGAAGCCAUGCUUGAUACAGAGUGCUAAGUGUUAAAUGAUUAAUCUAAAAUGUUCAGGUUUGAAUCAUUACCUGCCUGACUAACACUUCUCUUUGGAUCCCUUUGGUUUUAAACUAAACUUCAUGUUCUCAUAUUUCUGAUUGGCAAAGAGAUUUUGGGUUUAAAUGCUGGAUAUUAAAUUGUUGUUUGGACCUUUUUGAUACGGUGUGCCUCAUUUAGAUUUGAAAGGCUCUUCUCUACCCACUUAUGUCUCAUAGUGGUGUGGAGGUCAUAGAAGAGGUUCAGAAUUGACAGGUUUUUGACUCUCUUUAAUAGAAAUACUGAAGAAUAUUCAUGAAGGAACUGGAAAUCAGUUUAAAUAUUCAAAUUUAUUAUUAACUCCAAAUCACAAACAUGAUUACAGCUUUGUUCCAGUUAUGUUUUUCACACUGUCAGUACCUGGAAAAUCAAGGUGCUGAGAAGCAGGAAACAUGAACUGCAGGAGAAAUGUGCAGAGUUUUGGCAGCAGUCACUUUCAGUCCAUGGAUUUAUCCUGCACACUUGAUCACUGGUCAAAUUUAAACAUAGACAAAGAUGACAUAUCAACAAAGCUUUGGUGAGUCUCUUCUCUUCGUCUUGUUUGGCCAGUUUAGAAACGGAAAAUCCCCUUUCCCAGAUCUUUGUGUGACCUCAUUUCUUCUUCUUGUCCUGCGUGCUGGUGAACCACUGGUCCAGCAGCUUCUUGCUGUAGUAAAUCUGCCAGGCGUGCACCUGCACAGAGAUGACGAUCACCAGGUACAUGACUGUAACGGCAGAGAAUCCGAAGAUGAAGCGGUAAGCCUUGCCGUGCCUGUACAGCUGCUGAGCCACGGGGAACAUCUCCAUGCUGCCGUAAAUCAGCGGGGCAAUGCAGAAGAGCCCGGAGCUGAUCAUAGAGAUCACCAGGUAGCUGAUGUUGUUUCGUGGCAACGCCAUGAAGCUGAAGACUGUGGGGGCGAUGCUCAGGAGGUACGGGUACUCCCAUUGGUACGGAGAGGCAACCAUCUUGUGGGAGACGAGGCUCAGCUGGCUCACUAUCACCUGAGGAAGAGGAGGAGGGGACUGUAAGUUGUCAUGUUUGUAAUUAAAAAGUGGUUUUAAAGUUUAAA